AUGGCAGUAAAAGAGCGAAGAAAGGUUCACCAACUUCUUGAGAUCGAGUCGACCAUCCAUGAGUUAUGGGAUAAAGAGAAGCCAUUCGAAUUGGACGCUCCAGAAGGUGAAAAGUAAGUGUUUUCGUACUUUACAUUGUGUUUUUAGAACAGUAAUGAAGAGUAAAUGAAGAGUAAACAUAUAAUUUACUAUAAAACACUGUUUCAGUACCAAGGAGGAGAAGUUUUUGGUCACUUUUCCGUUUCCCUACAUGAAUGGUCGUCUCCAUGUUGGCCACAGCUUUAGUUUGUCCAAGGCCGAGUUUGCUGUAGGAUUUGAGAGGAUGCUGGGCAAGAAAGCUUUGUUCCCCUUUGCUUUUCACGCUACUGGAAUGCCGAUCAAGGCAUGUGCUGACAAGUUGGUCGCUGAGAUUGAAACCUAUGGCAAUCCGCCAGUCUUUCCUCAAGAAGAAGAGGAAGUGAAGGUGGAGAAGUCGGAAAUCGACGAGAUCAUCAAGGAUAAGAGUAAGAGCAAAAAGGUAUUUUCUAUUUUUGAUCAUUUUGUUAUAUAUAGAGGUUAAUGUACGUUUUUGAUGUAAUUUAAAAGUUAUUUUCAAUUUUUGUUAUUUUUAAUCGAAGUUUGUUGUUUUAGUCAAAAGCUGUUGCUAAGGCUGGCUCUUCUAAGUAUCAAUGGAACAUCAUGAAAAGUUUGGGUUUGACUGAUGAAGAAAUUCCUAAAUUUGCUGAUCCAAACUACUGGCUGGACUACUUCCCAGAUUACUGUAUCAAGGACUUGAAGAAGAUGGGAGUCAGGGUGGAUUGGAGACGGUCCUUCAUGACAACCGAAAGGAACCUGUACUUUGACAGUUUUGUCAGAUGGCAAUUUAGAAAGCUGAAGGCGUUGAAUUUGAUCGAUUUUGGAAAACGGUGUGUUUAAUGUUUGGCAAUAUCUUAAUUAAAAAUACAACACUUUGUCUAAUCUGCCAAAAAGAAAAAUUCUUUAUGUAUAGAAUAAUAAUAUUAUUACUUUUAGGUACACAAUUUACUCGCCGAAAGAUGGUCAGCCUUGUAUGGAUCACGAUCGUUCGACUGGAGAAGGAGCUGGACCUCAAGAAUACACCUUGAUCAAGAUAAAGGUUGUUUCUGAGUUGCCCGAAGCGCUGGCUAAGACAGGAAAGCCAGUAUAUCUUGUAGCAGCCACUCUACGACCUGAAACCAUGUACGGUCAAACCAACUGUUAUAUCCAUCCAGAACUGAACUAUGCUGCCUUCUACGUUGGUCAGAAUGAAGGAGAGAUCUUUGUGGCCACAAAGCGAGCCGCCAACAACAUGUCAUACCAAGGUUUCACUAAGGAGUCCGGAGUGGUACGAUACGUUGAAGGUUGUGAAGCUUUGAAAGGACAAACUUUCAUUGGAGCCAAGCUGAAGGCCCCAUUGACAACAUAUGAACACGUCUAUGCUCUACCUAUGUUGAGCAUCAAGGAAGACAAGGGUACAGGAGUUGUGACCAGUGUUCCCUCUGAUUCCCCUGACGAUCUCGUUACCUUGAACGAGCUGAAGAAGAAGCCGUUGUGGAGAGAAAAGUGGGGAUUGAAGGAUGAACACGUUCUUCCCUUCGAACCCGUUGAAAUUAUUGACAUUCCUGAAUUGGGAAAGCUGAGUGCUGUUCUGAUGGUCGAGAAACUGAAGAUUCAGAGUCCAAAUGAGAAGGACAAGCUAGAAGCGGCCAAGAAGGAAGUCUACUUGAAGGGUUUCUACAAUGGUGUCAUGUUGGUUGGAAACCACAAGGGAAAGAAGACUGAAGAGGUGAAGAAGUUGAUCCAGAACGAACUCAUUGCUUCAAAUGAAGCCGCAAAGUACAUGGAGCCAGAGAAGUUGAUCAUCAGCAGAUCGGGAGAUGAAUGUGUUGUUGCUUUGUGUGAUCAAUGGUACCUGGAUUAUGGUUUAGAGUCGUGGAAAAACAAGGCAAAGGAAGCCGUGGAUGAGAUGAACACGUUUGGAGAUGAGGUCAGGAGGAAUCUGAUUCACACGAUCGACUGGCUACACGAGUACGCGUGCUCACGGUCUUUCGGACUGGGUAUGUUAAGAGAUUUUUUUGUUUUAAAGAUACAUUAGUAUCUUUUUUAUGUAUAAUAGAUUAUAAAGUUUGUUUUUAGGUACCAAGUUGCCGUGGGAUGAAAGAUACCUUAUUGAGAGUUUGUCCGAUUCCACCAUCUACACCAGCUACUACUCGUUUGCUCAUCUUCUCCAGAAGGGGUCUUUGGAUGGAAGAAGCGGUGUUCAGGAUGUCAAGUAAGUUUUUGCCUAUAAUUUAAUAGUAACAGUAUACUAUUAAAUUCAUAAUUGUACAUUGAAAUCUUACUUUUAUGUCUAUUUUACGUUUUUUUGCAGACCAGAACAACUGAACGAUUCCUUUUGGGAGUACGCUUUGAUCACUGGAGCCAAAUGGUCUGACGAUAUUAAGGUACCUAAGGAGAUCGCGGACAAGUGCAGGAGGGAAUUCAACUUCUGGAGAGCCCCAGAUCAACGUGUUUCUGGAAAAGACUUGGUUCAGAACCAUCUCAGUUUCUACGUUUUCAACCAUGUCGCCAUUUUCGGGGACGACAAGUCAAAAUGGCCUAAGGGAAUCAGAGCUAACGGACAUUUGCUGUUGAACAGCGAGAAGGUGAGGAAUGGCCUAAUUUUUUGUUAAAAUAAUAUGUUUCAUACUUAAGGUUAUGCUUAAUCUAGUUUUGAUGUUAAUAAUGAUAUUUCAGAUGUCCAAAAGUACCGGUAACUUCUUGACUCUGUCAGAAGCCAUCGAAAAGUUCUCUUCUGAUGGUAUGCGACUGGCUCUUGCUGUAAGUUGCUAUUUUUUGAUAAUUCCUUUGUCAAAGUAACUUGCAUAUUUUAACGUAUCUUCCGACUAAAGAUUGUUGAUGCUGGUCAUUCUAGGAUGCUGGUGAUGGAAUCGAAGAUGCCAAUUUUGUGUACGAUGUAGCUGAUGCCGGAGCUCUUAGAUUGUUCAACCUGAUCGAAAGCACGAAGGAAACAGUCGAGAGAAAGGAUAAGAAUGGCUACAGAACUGGAGAGUUCAACAUGAUAGACAAGUACUUCGCCAACAGACUCGCUGAGCUUGUCACAUUGACCAAGGAAUCGUAUGUCAAGACAGAGUACAAGAACGCUUUGAAAUACGGUCUGUUCGAGUUCCAGGUAAGUUUUACUAUAAGAUGUUAAUGCUAUGUCAUUCCAGAGUGCCAAGGAAUUGUACCGGGAAAUGUGUGGAGGUGAAGCCGAGAUGCACCUGGACUUGAUCAUCAAGUACUUGACUACCCAGGUCUUGAUCCUGUCUCCCAUCUGUCCACACGUCAGCGAACAUAUCUGGCAAUUAUUGGGCCAUAAAGGACUUCUUGCCAACCAGAAAUGGCCCGAAGCCGCACAAGUUGAUGAUGAUUUGAGUAGACAGCUCGAGUUCAUUACGGAAGUCGUUAAGACCUUCAGACAAAAGUUAUUGGUAAGUGUUUAUGACCUGCUAUUAUAUUGUUGUACUUUCAAACUUGUUUGUCAUAAAAAUUAAGAUAUAAUAAUACCUUUAGAAUCAUCUCAACGUGAAAGGCAAAAAGGGACCUAAAGUAGACCCACCAACUGAAGCCCAGAUCUAUGUGGCCAACAAAUACCCAUCGUGGCAGGCUGAAGUGCUGGCCUUGUUGAAGAACUUGGCCGUGGACAACACCUUCCCUGACAACAGGGCCAUCGCCGAGAAGACGAAGGAAUCAGAAUCCUUGAAGAAGAACAAGAAGGUGAUGCCCUUCGUGAAUGCCGUCAAGAUCGACUAUGGAGUUCGAGGAGAAGUGGCACUUUCAGAUACCUGUCUCAUUUCCCAAACCGAUGUCUUGAAUGCCUGUUCACAAUAUAUUCAGAACGCUCUCAACGUGAACGCCAUCAAGGUGAUGGACAUCGAGAAGGAAGAAGUGGACCCCAACUUCGCCGAGAAGUGUCUUCCUCUGAAGCCUUUGAUAACAUUCAGUUAA